AGCCAGUCUGGUACCCUGGGUAGGCUGGCGCAGCGGUGCUCAAAAUGAUUGGAAUAUCAGCCCUGUUCCUGCUGUCGCUGGCAUCCACCGUCCUGUGCGGGGAUUACCACGCUACCGUCACCGAAACGGCUGCCCCGGUCGGCGUAUCCCACGCCGGCACGACGGCUGCUGGGGCCACCGACCACGCUGCUCUGACCAGCGGGCACGGCGAUGUACACGCUGACGUGCACGCCGUUACAACGGGUUCGGCUACAGUGGGUUCUGCCCAGGCGGCGCCAGCAGUCGGCGCUUUCCACGGGGACUCGACCACGACAGCGGUUCACGGUUAUCCAGGUGUGACUUCCGUCCACGACUCAGCGGCGGCGCACACCCUUUACGCUGCUCCGGUGGUCAAUGCCGUGCACACUUCUAUCUCCGGCGUACCGGGUGCUGUGAGCUCUGUUCACGAGCCCUCCGCAGCCGUCACUAACGUGCACGCUGCUCCAGCUGUAGCGACGCCAGCCAUCGGGACACUGCAUACUCCAUUUGAAGGUGCGUCGGCUGCGGGCACCGUUCACGCUUCGCCUACGUCCACGACCACAGUCCCCGGCGCACCAGCGGUGACGACGGUGCACAGCGCUCCAGCCGGUGUUUCUAAGGACGACACUACUUCGACCUAUCCUGCACCGACGGUGACUGCGUACCAAGAUGGCUCCGCCUUCCCAGCCUACUACAACCCACAGUUUCCUUACAGUCCGUACUACCAACCCUUCCCAUUUGCCAAUGGUGGUGCAGCAUCGGAUUCGAAGGUGACCGACCAGGUGCCGUAUGGGCAGAGCGCGUACCAACCUGCUCCUGUUGACUCGGGCUACUACCAGCCCUCCCCUUACUUUGGCUAUGUGCCUGGCUUUGGUAGGCCCUCUCCAUACCCGACGGCCCCGGUGUUUCCUGCUUACCCCGCAUCCCAGGGUGGGAACGCUUACCAGGCUGGCUCCGCCAUGACGCCUGUUCAGAACACGCCAUCCGUUACCAAUGCCACAACGGUCGGCAGCUACCCGACUUCUCCCGUUGGUUCAACCGCGUUCCACGACGCCGCUGCAAGUGUCGCAGGUGGUCACGCUAUGCCUGCUGUCGCCACCCCAUCCACAACUUACCAAACUUACCAAACAGGUCCAGGCGUUGCCACAGUUCACUCCACUCCGGGCAUUGCGACUGUGCACUCCACUCCAACCAUGGGCACUACCUCAGACACGUACCAGGCCACUUCUGAAGUGGGUUCCGUUCACAUGGGUCCAGCUGCGGCCACCACUUACCAGACGGCCGACCAUGCUGUCUCCAAUGUUCACCAGACACCAGCUGUGAGCCCCUUUCCAGCAUUCGCCUUGUACCAGCAUUCUCCUUUUACUGCUCCCGCGGAGUCUCAAAUGACAAAAGUAGACUCGUAUCAGACAUCUCCAGCCGUUGGCGCGGUUCAUUCGUCCGCACCAGGAGUUACCUCUGUUCACGAGGCCGCCCCUGGAGCGGUCACUCUGCACUCAGCGGGGCCAGCCGCGGGUGUUCACGAAUCGACACCUUCUUUUGCCACCUUUCACUCGGCCACUCCGGGCGUGACCACCGUGCACGAGACUGGCUCCGCAGGGCCUAGCAUGCACGCGGCGUCACCAGCCGUGGCAACCAUAACCAGCGCCGUCCACGAGGCUGCUCCAGCUUUGACAAGCGUCCAUGGCGCGCCAGCCGCCUCGGCUUCGCCAGCUGGAGUCACAAGUGUCGGGACCCAUCACGUUCUUCCAGGCGUGACCGCUGUUCAUGGCGCCGACACUGGACUCACCGUGCCCACGGCUGUCCACGCAGCUCCUGCGGCAGCCACGACGUAUGGUGCUGACCCGACGGUGACGGGCGUCCAGGGGUACCCCUUCGCAGCAGGGUAUGGCCUCGGGCCGGCCUUUGACUUCGUUCCUGCCUACGGUUACGGCGUGCAAGACCUCGGUUACGGCGUGGCUCCCUUCGGCGCUGAACUUAGCCACGCCUUCCCGCACUAUGGGCUCAACUACGCCUAUGGCCUUGGUCCCAUAAACUACCCCGCGCUCUACCUCCGCCGAAAGAAGAAAUGAACCAAAUAUGACAUCUAUCAUCAAAGUCAUCCACAUCACCCCGCAUCUCACCGUCCAAUAGACAAAUCCGCCGAAGAAGCUCAACUACUGCCGGUUGUGAACCAAAACCUACCGAAAAGAUCGACGCGUGCUACUGAUGGCGGUCAAUAAACUUUUUUCACUAACGUGUCAAUGGUUAA